AUGAGCUUCUCAUUCGGCCAGCAGAACAGCGGCAGUGGCAGCAGCAGCACGCCUGGAAAGUCUCUGUUUGGCGCUACACCCUCAACUGGCGGCGCAACACCAUCUCUCUUCGGCACCGCCAGCAGCACCAACAACACGUCCAGCGCACCCAGCAGUGGCGGUCUCUUCGGCGGCGCCACUAGCAACACAGCCGGAUCGGGUCUCUUCGGUGGUGGUGGCGCUGCAGCAUCAAGCACACCCGCAGGAAAACCUGGUGGUCUUUUUGGCGGAGGUCAAGCUGGCGCGUCGUCAACACCGUCGGCUUUUGGUAGCGGAGGCUUUGGAGGACUUGGAAAGAAGGAGGGCGAUGCGUCCAAGCCAGCCGGAGGAUUGUUUGGCGGGGGUGGAGCUUCCUCUGGUGGUGCUGCCUCCUCUUCUACUCCCUCGUUUGGAUUCGGUACAGCUGCUAGCUCAGCACCAUCAGCCACACCUGCAACAAACAAGACAUCUCUUUUCCCCUCCACUACCCCAGCCGGCGCUCCUCCAGGUGGUAGCCUGUUCAGUCAGCCUGCCCAAUCUAGCGGUGGAGCCCAAUCUGGCUCUUCUUUGUUCGGCCAGCAGAGUAGCCAAACUACUGGAGCCGGAUCGUCUUUGUUCGGUGGCGCAAAGCCUGCCACAACCUCUUCUUCCACCCCUAGCCUGUUCAGCUUAGGAGGAAACACAGCAGCCUCCAACGACGCAAACAAGAGCGCUACCCCUGCUGCUGCGCCCACAUCCAACCUGUUUGGAGGAGGAAAUCAAACAUCGACGUCUGGUGGACAAGAUGCGAAGACGCCCAAACCUGCGGGUAGCCUUUUCAGUCUUGGAAGCACGACACCUGCUGCCGCGCCAGCAAAACCGUCAGGAUUCACCCUUGGCGCUACAUCAUCCGCACAACCCGCUUCCUCGCAGCCUGCAUCCAGCAGCACACCAACCUUGAGCCUAGGUGGAAACACCAGUAGCACAGCAGCUUCUGCGGGUACAGCAACCAGCCUAUUCUCAACUGCGGGAACUUCAACGCCAGCUUCGACCGGAAGUGGCUUCGGUUUCGGCAAACCUGCUGCCGCUACUAGCACACCGGCAACUACUGGUGCAGCUAUUACCGCCACAACCACAGCGCCCGCCUCAACCGCGUCAUCUGGAACAUCGCUGUUCCCGAGCUUGGGCGGCGGAAGUUCUGCCGCACCCGCAACUUCUGGGGCUGCAACCACCUCAACCACCACCCCAAGCCUUUUCAGUAAGCCCUCCGGAAGUGAGGCGCCUGUAUCGAAGCCCAACGCCGAAUCACAGCCGGCAUCUACUUUGGGUGCUACUAGUGGGACUGCGGGCGGCAAUGCGGCCCAGAGUGGGCUUGCAGCCUCAACCGCGGGACCCGCGCCAUCGGCGCAAUCACGGUUGAAGAAUAAGUCCAUGGACGAAAUCAUCACGCGUUGGGCAGCAGACCUAUCAAAAUACCAGAAGGAGUUCCAGGCUCAAGCUGAGCAGGUGGCCUCAUGGGACAGAGCAUUGGUCGAGAACUCUGAUAAGGUUCGACAACUGUACUCGAAGACCUUUCAGGCAGAGCGUGAUGCUGCCGAGGUUGAGAGGCAGCUGACGAUGAUGGAAGAGAACCAGCAAGAACUGGACUCUUACCUCGACCGCUAUGAGAAGGAAAUUGACAAUCUCAUGAAGAUGCAUGGUGUCAGCGGCAAGAACGAGAGCCUGCGAGGCCCAGACCAGGAGCGUGAGAGAACUUACAAGCUUGCAGAAAAACUCCAAGACCGCCUCAACGAAUUAAACAAAGAUCUCACAGAAAUGAUUGAGGAAAUAAACAGCACUUCCCAGACGCUCAGCAAGACUGGCAAGCCAGACGACCCCCUUACAAAGGUCGUCCGCGUCCUCAACACGCAGCUUUCACAGCUCCAGCUUAUUGACUCUGGUGCCUCGCAGCUCCAAGAGAAGAUCGCAAAAGCCCAGCGUGAGACGCAGCGUGUGGGUGCUAAUGGCUGGAAUGGACUGGGCUCUGACCCUUCUGCUGAUUUCAUGAAUAGCAUGCGUGGAGGUAGGUCGACGCAGCGGUUCGGCGGUGUGUCGUAG